GGGGGAGGUGGGGAGGCGGGCGUUGGCGCGGGUGGGGGAGGGGGUGUUGAGGUGCGCGAGGAGGUAGGAGUGAGGGGCGAGUUUGGCGAAGGUUGGGCGGGGGAAGGUGAGGGUUUGGGGGGUGGUGGUGGUCAUGGUUGGUGAUGGGGUGGUUGGAGGGCGCGCGGAGGCGGAUUGGGUGGUUGCGAGGCCGUUGAGGGUGUCUCGGGGGAAUUGGCUCGAGAGGAUUGGGUGGCUGGUGUUGGAUUGUUUCAGUUGGGUGGCCGUGGGCUCAGGCAGGCGUUUGCAUGGUAAAGUUGUGAUUUUGAGGUUGUUGAUGCGGCGUGAAUCGGCGUGAUUAUUUUCGAUUGGCGAUGACGAUAUUUCUUAUCGCGGGCACGUGAAAUGGGAUCGUGGGGUUGAGUUCUCACAACCAUAGCCCACAUAUCUCUCCGCUCCAACAUCACGCCAGACAUGCGUCUUAUUCUUCGUUCUAGACCCCUAUCUCACGUAUCAAAUCUUAGGAUCGUUUGGCAGGCCGGGGUCAGCGGUCGGACGGGCCGGCUGGGUGUGUUAGGGGAUGAUGCUUCCCACAAUCACGCGAAUUUUGUAUGGCAAUACCUAGCAGAUGCUUCACUUUGAGCUCUUCGACUGCAAGUGAAAUACUAUCCUCAAAAUACGCCUCUCUCGACACUACUACUAAGAAGACAAGGUCAUCGUCACUUCAAUUAUUAUCGUGAAGCGGUGAGGUAAGGUGAGGGGUAACUAACCGUGGGCCCUCAUUCGCCCACGUCGGCCCACAAAGACAGCGACGGCGAAUUCUUGACGCUGGUCUAUUAUCUCCACCAAGCUUCACACAACUCUCUCCGGCUCGACAACACCACACAUAACAUCAUCCUUCCAUCCCAUACCGAGUACAUACGUACAUAUACGCACCUCGACCCCAGAGCCAGCGCCCUCAGACACAUGGAGUUCGCUUCUUCGACGACCUUUUUCCGCUACAUGUACCACAAAGCUCUGCGAUAACAUCCAGCACACCCUCAGCCAGCGAAAAAGGUGGACCACACCACUAGAUCAACACACACGUGUACAGCUCAUAUAGUGCCCAUCGCCCUUCCUUCCCCGGGCACAAACUUCUUUCUUCAGCCUCGAUAAGCUUGCAACAUGCGCGACCUCAGACGUCAAGCUCUCGAGAGCCACAAGACCGUGUCGCGAAAGGCCCAGUCCAAGGUCUCCUCGCGUGCCUCCUCCGCCGCUGGAUCCCGCACAUCAUCCCACGCAGGUUCGAGAAAUGCAAGCAGGCACGGCUCAGACGAAGAGGAGAAUAACCUAAGUGACAGCACGAACUGGAGUACAAACUCGAUCGACGAACUACUCUCCGCCGAAGCCGUCGAGGGCGACGGCACCGACGCCUGGCAACAGACCCUCAGUGCCCGCAUCGAAGAGAUUAUCGACCGCAAGCGUAGCAGCAUCCAAGGCCGCGAGCUUGCCUACGCAGUCUAUGUGCACCUCCUCACCACGCACUACGCCUUCGAUACCAUUUCGUCCCGGAAAUCAGACCUUCUCGCCGCCUUCCUCAAGAGCACCAAGGCUGAGAGCAGCGAGAAGGAGACACAGCUCGCCAUCCGCGCCAUCGCCGUGACCCUCAUCACUUCGCCGUCUAACUCUGCCUACGCCACCGUCUUCCCAGCUAUUCAGCGCAUCUAUACGAGCUCCGAGUCGAUUGCCGCUAAAACCACGGCAAUUUCUUCCCUCGGUUCGAUCCUCAUGUACGGUGGCGCAGCGGACGAGGCCACCGAGGAACUUCUUGACGAGCUCCUCGAGAUUAUCGAAUCCGACGGCACCUCCAUCGACGCAGCCGACGAAGCAUCCGUCGUUGUUGCUGCACUCGAGUCCUGGGGCUUCCUAGCUACCUCUCUCGACGAUAUGGAAGACCGUACUGAAGACGCCAUAGAAGCCUUUGUCGAACAGCUCGAGAGCACUGACGCCGCCGUCCAGAUCGCCGCGGGGGAGAACAUCGCCUUGCUGUUCGAGAAAUCGUACACCGAUCGCGAAGAAGACGAUGGACCGCCUGAGGAAGUAGAGGAUGAGGAAGGAUUUCCCUUGGAUAACUCCCUCGUCAAGCGCUACAAUGUCUACCGCCAGACCAACCAGCUCCAGCACACCCUGCGCCAGCUCGCAGCCGUUUCCUCCAAGUCCAUCAGCCGCAAGGAUCGCAAGCACUUACACUCCAGCUUCAGCGAUAUCCUGUGCACCGUAGAGCAUCCACAGCGCGGGCCACGGUACCAGAAGGCGAUUGACCAGGAGACGGGGAAGCGAUACGGGAGCCGGAUGAAGGUUAAGGUCCAUGGCGGGGGUUCGAUGACGAUUGACCGCUGGUGGAAGUUAAUGCGGCUGCAUGAGCUGAGGCGGGUGUUGGGAGGUGGCUUUGUUGUGCAUUACGAGCAUAAUGAGGUGGUGUUUGAUAGCUUACCGAUUAUGAUGUCUCUUCAAGACGACUAGAUACGGCCUGCACCCUUGAAGGCGGGCCUUUGACUCAACUUAUCAAAUGUCUCUUGUUCCACUUCAAAGAACACAUAUUCGGGAAGCAUACGAUACCCUGGCGUUUAUCAUUUACAGCCCACGGACAAGACACACACCGUGGUGCAUGGAUCUUUUGAUUAAUAUUUGGUUUUAGGGGGGUGGUUGUGCAGGAUGUGAAAAAGGGUGGAAUUCUUUAGAAAUCUUAAAUGAUCUUUCGGCAGGGUGACCUACUUGGUUGAUAGUCUAUCUUUGUUUUAUAAUACGAUUUUAAGCAUGACGUGCGCGAGAAUAUAACAGAUCGUUCCCCCAAAUUGAUGGGAG